UCUCAUCUACGCUCGUCCGGAGGUCGUGCGAGAAGAUCUAGCCGAGGCUGGAUGAAUAUGAAGAUGUGGCAGAAACAUAAAUACUUAAUCCUGUGUCGAUCAGAACGAUUCUAUCUGCAUGACUUUCCUAUCAUCCACACCAGACUGAUCCAACCACAUCAACACCACCACAUCAUCACCACCACAUCAAACCACCUCUGUGACAAAACCACAUAUAAAGACGGGAAUAAAUUAUACAAGAUGCCCGUCCCUCGCCCCUCCGCCCUCAUCCUCCUCUACCCAGGCUUCAACACCCUCGACAUCAACGGCCCCUCCGAAAUCUUUUACAACGCUGGCAUCACCACGACCCUCGCCGCGCAAGAUGACCUGACCACCUCCCAAGAGCAAAUCACCAUCAAGCGCACCAUCGACCUCACCGAAGCCCACCGUCGCCUCGAUGAAUUCGACCUCCUCGUUAUCCCUGGCUCCCGCACCCUAGACACAAGCACACACAACUCCGACAUCCUCGACAUCCUGUCCGCCUUUUCCCGCCUCGCCCGCAAGACCACCUCCUCCUCCCCACUCGCCUCCCCCGUCUCCUCCCCACUCCCCUCGCCAUCCGACUCUAGCUCCUCCUCUCCCUCCCCCACCCGGUCCAACGAGCGCUCCAUCCUAACAGGCGCCAACGCAUCCCACCUCCUGGCAGAAUCAGGCUUGCUAGACGGCCUCUCCGCAACAGCACACAGGCUCGCCCUACCACAGCUGCGCGGCGCCGUCGACGACUACCAGGAGCGGAACUGCGGUGCGAGCGGCACGACAGUCCUGCCGGGGCGGGGGUCCUCAGAAAAGUUGCUUUACGUGGAUGGGGGCCUCACGGCUGGGGGGGUGCGCGUGCUGACUACGACAGGGCCGUCUGGGAUGCUCGAUGCGGCGCUUUAUAUGGUGAUGAGGGUGUUGGGGAAGGCUGAGGCGGAGGAGGCGUCUGUGUUUAUGGGGCAUCCUUGGCAGGUGGAUGUUUAGUUUUCUUUUCUUUUUUUGCCUUUGUCGUAUGUUAUUAUGUGAUACCAGAUUUUAUAUGCAUCAGUUAUAU